AUGAAAUUUAAUUUUGCUACAAUUGUCAAUAUAUUAUUCUUUUUGUUCUCCCUAAUUGAAGCCAACAACAAUGGGGAAACAGUCAAACUUAUUACUUCAGACGGUAUCGUCUACAGUUAUGCUGUCUACACAAAAACUCUUGCGCCAGCAAGGGUUGUGGUUAAAACCAUUUCUUAUACUACUACCAGAGUAUAUCCAGUCACUUUAGCCAAUUCGGUCGUUUCUUCCACUACCGAAAAGAUAACAGAGAUAUCGACGGUAUCGGCUUCAGAACAAGCUAGUGCUACCCAAACAAACUCCCUAGUUGCUACUUCGACUGUUCCCAUUAUUACCUCAUCGAUUUCUUCUGAUUCUUCGAUUUCCUCCAUCUCUACAUCCGACGUUGAAUCAUCCCAAAGUAUCCAAUCGUCAGGUACACCCUCCACCACAGCCCAACCAUCUAUGUCUUCCGAUUUCAGUUUGACUUCUAGCUCUGCUUUCGUUCCAUCUACUACGUCUUUCUCUUCCCAACUUUCUUCAUCUUCGGAAGCUUCUUCGGAAGCUUCAUCUUCGGAAGCAUCUUCGGAAGCUUCAUCUUCACCAUCUUCAUCUUCGGAAGCAUCAUUCACACAAUCUUCAUCUUCAUCUUCAUCUUCAUCUUCAUCUUCAUCUUCAUCUUCAUCUUCAUCUUCAUCUUCUUCUUUGGCCACUAUUAUUACGUUGGCACCAUCAAGCUCGAAGCUUGGGAACUCUCAACUUACUUCAACCUUAUCUUCUUCCACUUCCGCAGUUGAAUCAUCCCAAACAGGAUCCACUGUAGCAAGGACUACCUCUACCUUGACACCCUCUUCUACCGUGGAUACGACAUCUAGAACAACGACCUCUAUAUCAUUUGAAUCGUCUUCCGCACAAUCGAUAUCCGUCUCCAGCUCGGAUGGCACUUGUUACGUGUUCUAUGAUGACGAUGAGUACUAUAGUACUGUCUACUUAACUAAUCCAUCUCAAUCUGUUGAUGCCGCCACCACCAUAACGAGUACAAAUACAGUUUAUGCCACGAUUACCCUUUAG